CAGCUGUUCAGUUUGGGUUUGUGUGUGUCCACUGUGGCCUCAGGUUCCUGUUGAUGACUGACAGUGAGGAACCUCAGGUUAAAAGCGCUUUAAAACUGGAAGUGAUUUUUACUGAAAGCUGACUGUAAGUUAUCUCCUGGAUGAGAAGAUCCAGACUCCUCAGUGUGUCCUGCAGCAGGAGGUGGAACACUGCUCCACUGAUCUCCAACAUGGCGGCCCUCAGCUCUCCUCUGAGAACAUGUCGGGGUAUUUUAAAGGAGCUCCGAUAUCUAAAAGGCCCCGAGUAUAGAGGCACCAUGAUGUACACUUAUGUGAUGGAACAGUUCCGGAAAAAUCAGGUGACCAGCGCGCGACACUGCCGUGCCCAGAGAGAGGCUCUCCACACCUCCCACACAUACCUGUGUCUGGUAGAGUCCACACGCCAUCAUCUAGAGCUGCAUAAUCAGUACCACGGGAAAGGAGGGCGCCCCCUGGAGGAAGUGGCCCACCUUGUAGGAUUGCGCUUACCCACACAGCCUGGUGGUAAGGGCUGGGAGAAGUGAGAGACUGAGUAACAGAGGGAGAGCAGGAGGACGACUGGCUGUCAAUCAGAGACUGUCUUCAUUCUCACUCUGUAUGUUUGUGUGUCGAUUUGUAAAGAUCUCUUUGUCUUCAAAUAAAUAAAGUUUAUUCACA